UAUGUACAAUAAAAAGGUUGACGAGAAGAAGUUCCACUACCACAGGUACACUCACUUUUCGACUCCAGAAGACAAUGUUUUAUUUAAAUCGCUAUGGCGUUCUUCGAUAGUUGAUUUGUCAAAAUGUUUAAAUGUAGUUGAUCUCGUUUUGCGUACAAGACGUGAACUGAUGAGGCUGCCAAAAACUCUUAAGAAAUACGUUCAUAAUUAUUACUUCAACCGUUUCUGAUGAAAACCUUAUCAUACUUUCAAGGGUAACAAAUUUUUAUUGCCGAUACGUGUCAAACUGCAUGAAAAAAAUGUAUAUAUUUUACACACGUCGUAAGUUAAGUCCGCUCAGUAGACUGGUUCCCUGUUGAAUACACAGCUCCAAAACACACUAAGUGAUCAUGAAGUGUCUACUAGUCGCCGCUCUCGUCCUAGCAUCUGCCUACGUCGCCUAUGCCGUCCCCGCUGCUGGUGCUGCUGGUGCUGCUGGUGGAAUUGCUGGUGGUGCACUUGGUCUUGGUGAAGGGCUGAAGGACGCCAUUAAAGCUCUUGGAGCUGCCAACAAAGCCGCAGUAUCUGCUAUAGGAGCUGCUCUUGGACUAGACGCCAUUACCGCUGAAGCUAUAGUUACAGCUGUCGGCUUGAAGGCCGUACCAGCCCUGAUCGCCGCUGCGGCUGUUGGAGCACCCGUAGCUGCUGUGUUAGCUGGUCCUCUUGUGAGUGCUCUCGCCGCUGCCGCCCUAUGGGCAGGCCCUAUCGCUGCUAUCGCGGGCGCCGCCGGCCCUGGCGCUGCAGCAGCCAAGGCUGCUGCCAAGAAGAUUGUCGCAUGAGUCCUCUACUUGGAUGUCUACUUGUAAUAUGUAAAAUGAUGGCUGUUUUCCACUUUAAAUAAGACCAAUAAACGUGUGAGUUACAUACGAGUGUAUACAUGUUCAGUGUGUCAUUUGGUUAUACAGGGUGUAAAAAAUGGACGAAGAGGUUUCAAGAGGUGAUUCCUUGCUAUGAAAUAUGAAAAAGAGU